UUUACAGCAGACAUAAGUGGAAGCCAGCGCUUCCGAAAACGAGCUAUCGCUUUUCAGCGGCUCUAUCUAACGACCACACGGCUCUACACGUUACUCUACUACCUUACGGUUUUUAGCUCCUUGUUGGAUAACCUUUAUUCGCAAUCAUGGUGGCCAUGACAAAGAGAGUGAAAACCUUCCAGGUCGUUUUUACUGAUCCCAGUAAGACUUUUUACUGCGGAGGAGAGAAGGUCUCUGGACGGGUGGAGGUGGAGGUGAACGAGGUGACGCGUGUGUCCGCAGUGAAGGUUCGGGCUCUGGGCAAUGCGAAAGUGGAAUAUGCUAAAGGAAAGCAACGUUGUCGUCAGGAGGCUGAAUACCUGAGAUAUGAAGAGGUUCUGCGGCUCGACGACCAGCCCACAGACUCUGAUGGAUCGGUAGUCUUGAGGCCUGGCAACAAAUACCAGUACACCUUUGGAUUUGAGCUUCCACAGCAAGGGCAGCUGGUGUCUUCAUACAAGGGGAAGUUUGGGUAUGUCCAUUACUGUGUGAAGGCCGUGAUGGAGCGGCCACAGCAGCCUCCUCUGGAGUGCAAGAAACCCUUUGAGGUUGAAGAGCCUCUGGAUGUCAACACCCCAGACCUGCUGUCUCCUACAGGUGGCAUGAAGGAGAAGAAGGUCACCUGCAUGUUCAUUCCAGACGGUCAGGUGUCACUGAAUGCUAAGAUCGAUCGCCGCGGCUUCUGUGAAGGUGAAGACAUUUGCAUCAAUGCAAAGUUUGAGAACACCUGCUCCCGCAUCGUCGUGCCCAAAGCAGCCAUCAUUGCCAAACACAUCUAUCAGGCCAACGGUCGGACAAAGGUCUUCCGUCAGAAGCUGUCAUCAGUGCGUGGAAACCACAUCAUCUCUGGCAUGUGUGACGCCUGGCAGGGAAAGAGCAUCAGGGUUCCAAAGAUCAAACCAUCCAUGCUGAGCUGCAACAUCAUCCGUGUGGAGUACGCGCUCAUGAUUUAUGUCCACAUCCCAGGAAGUGAGAAACUGAUCCUGGAGCUGCCUCUGGUCAUAGGGACUGCUGGUCUGGGCAGCCGCAGCAACAGUGUCAGCAGUCAGGAGGGUUCAGUCAGCAACGCCUCUCAGAGCUGGGUGUCUCUCAGGAUGCCCUCUGAGCCGCCCAGCUACAGCGAUAUCCCCCGUGACUGCGGCCUGGACCAGCCCCUCACUCCACUCCUGGAUGACUUUGAUGGUGACGACAGCCCAAUCUUCAUGAACGCAUUCCCAUUCCCAUCACCGCCACCUUACACUGAGGCUGAGGAAGAGUUCAAUGGCAACGCUCGCAUGCUUCCUGUCUUCUGAAGUCCAGCAGAGAUUCUAGAACUGUGGUCCAGCUCUCAGGGACUGUUCUUUCAAGGCACUUCAGAAGGAGCAGAAGGUCCAAACUCCAGAAGAAAUGUUGUUGGAUGGAGAAGUAAAGCCAGGACUGUGGAGGUGGACAGAAAGACACUUGCCUGUACUAUCAGCUGUCUUCACUGCGCUUCAUUGCCUUCGCUGAUCCUGAGUCUUCAUGGUGGUGUUCUUCAGGUCGUGGAUGUGAAGGUGGAGCCACACAGUCUGUGGUGCACUACGUAUCUGAAUAAGCUGUCCCUUCCAGAGACUCUUGAUCGGGGUCUCAUUGCCUAUCAGACACUUUAUGACUUUGUUAUUGGGGCCAAGCGUUAUAUGAGUCAUGCCCAAGCCUGCUGUGACAUCUUUGCUUUUUAGGGGUUUGACUUUUCCUUAUUCCAGUCAAACCCUGUACCUGUUAAAGAUUCAUUAGUAAAAGACUCCUUUUGUUACUUCUGUCCAGUGAGUUUGUGUUGCUGUUAACAAUUAGUCCUGAAUAUUGUUGCCUUUGAGAAUUACAGCAUGUAGAAUAAUCUUUCCUGGAUACAGAGAGAGUCUCUGGCAGCAUCCAUAGUUUCAUA